CACAGCAAGUCACAGCCAUGGCAGAAGGCAAGACAGGAGGUGCCGGCCUGUUUGCUAAGCGGGUUCAAAAGCAGCUCAGCCGAGCCCAAGAAAAGGUUCUACAGAAACUGGGGAAAACCGUGGAAACAAAAGAUGAACAAUUUGAACAAAGUGCCUAUAAUUUCCAGCAGCAGCAGAUUGAAGGGCAAAAACUCUACAAAGAACUGAAGGCUUUCCUCAUUGCUGUGAAAGGAAUGCAUGAAAGUUCCAAGAAAGUGUCUGAAACAUUACAAGAAAUUUACAAUGAUGAAUGGAAUGGAUAUGAAGAAUUGAAGGCCAUAGUUCAGAGCAAUGAUCUUCUAUGGGAAGAUUAUGAGGAAAAACUGGCAGACCAAGCAAUCAGGACCAUGGACAACUACUUGAGUCAGUUCAAUGAAAUUAAAGAGCGAAUUGCUAAGAGGGGGCGUAAAUUGGUGGAUUAUGACAUCAGCAGGCAUCACUUGGAAACCCUUCAGAAUGCCAAAAAGAAAGAUGAAGUUAAAAUUGCUAAGGCUGAAGAGGAGUUUUAUAAAACCCAGACUGUCUUUGAGGAACUCAAUAAAGAGCUACGAGAAGAAUUGCCAGUCCUUUACAACAGUCGAAUUGCAUGCUAUGUGACAAUAUUCCAGAAUAUUUCCAAUCUGAGAGAUAUUUUCUACAAGGAAAUGAGUAAGCUAAACCAUGACUUGUAUGAUGUAAUGAGCAAGCUGGAGAACCAACAUUCCAAUAAAGUCUUCAUCAUUAAAGGGGUCUCCAGCAACAGAGGUUCUUUGGUUAUUUCAUCCCCAGUAAGCCCAACCAGCAACUCUUUUCUGCCAGCAGGGAAUAGCAUAAAUGAGGUCUCCACAUCUCUCAUUGCCAUGUCCCCAGAUCAAGAAACAGAAACUAUUUCAGCCACCAAGGUGGCAUCCACAAAAGAAGAGGUCAAAGAAUUGCAAAAUGAGGCUGGCCAAAGUGUCGAGUCAGACUCUCAGUCUGUUAGUGGAACAGAAGGCAAAAGCCAAGAGAAUCAAUCGGAAGAGCUUGAGGUUGAUUCCGGCAGGACCCUUGAGGUAGUGGCAAAGAACCUUGCGGUGGAGAUUUUAUCACAGGCAAUGGUUGAAGCUACUGGCAAAAGGCAAAGCAUUUCUAAAGAUUCAGAAGAUCCUGAACAGCCCUUCUUGGAAGGAAACACUGAAGCCAAUGAUAUACCUGGAAAAGAGGGUGGUUCUCUGCCCCAGGCAAAGGAUGAAAUCCCAGCUCUACUGAAACACGACCUUGAGCAUGCCAAAGAGAUCCAGGAUGAGAUGCAGAUUGAGAAAGCUAAUGGUGAGGACCGCAAAGGGCCGCCUGAGGAGAGCUCUUGCCCUGAAGAUGAUGAUCCCCGAGGUCUUCCCUCUUCAACCAAAGAUGAAGGAGACUCAGAAGAGGUCCCAUCUGCAACUGAUGAAGCUGCUCCACCAAAUACGGAGACAGAUGAGAGUAGCCACAGCUGCAGAGAUGUAGAAGAUGAUAACAGUAGCAGUGAAGGAAGCAUGGAAGAAAUUGAGAUUUCCCCCAAGGGUACCUAUGCUCAGAUCAUUCCUAGUUUUUUCCCAGAAGCUAAAGAAGAAAAUGAGAACAAGCUUCCCUUGGGUUUCCUGUUUAAGGGUCAAGCAACUCAAGCUCAUACUUCGGAAGAUGACAAUCAUCUUCAGUUUGGAGAAGGAGAUUUCAUACUUGUGAUAUCAGACACACAAGCAGAGGGAAAAGGAUUUUGGAUGGGAAUAAAAGAAAGUGACUGGAAGGAGAACCAGGACAUGCUACAAAGAGGCAUUUUCCCCCAAGUCCUUAUCAGAUCUGUCCCUCUGAAAUAAGCUCAAAGGUUUAGGCAGCAACGGAAUGAAGGAAGAAAGAGAAAGUUGCAUUUUCCAAAAUCUAGUUUUCUGUAAUUAUUAAAUAUUUCUUUUCCUUCAGGCCAGCUGCCCUAUGUCAAUAUAAUACUACGCAGGUGGCAUUAUUUAUGAUAUAUGAAUCUUUGAAUAAUAUGAAUUCCAUGUAUUGUAAGUCAGAAACUGGGAGUCUUUGCAAGAAAUUUAUCCUUCCGAGCCCGCUGCCUCAGUAGUACUUUUCUAAAAUGGAAUACCACCAUAAAGAGUCCUAUUACAGAACAGCUGGUAGUCUACUUUGCAGGAUAUGGUUGAGACUUUUGGCGGAUUUAUCCACCCUGUCUCCUCAGAGAAGUCCUCCAUUCAAGCUAGUUGCAAUUUCAUUGCAUUCAUCUCUACUGCACGGGUGUCCAACUCGAUCACGUCAUGUGAUGUAUUGUGACAUAUCGCAACAAUUUUUGCCUUUGCGGAAAUGUGACACAUCCAGCCCAUGGGCCGCCAGUUUGACACUCCCGAUCUACUGGAAAGUAAUACAAUUAAUAACUGCAAUUCAAUCAUGCUAUUGUAGAAUAAGUUAGAUGAUUAUUCAGAGAGUGGGGAAAGUAAGAAAGAUGAUUAACUUCUAUUUUGUAAAGAGGAGAAGGAGGAGAAACAUAGGGAAACUUUACAUGAUGCUAUGAUCACUUUGGAUAGGGAAAUCACACAUUAAAGUUCAUAUAUAAAACAUAUUGCACAGAAAAAAAUAUAUACUGUAUAUAAGGAAAAAGACUCCUUUCCCAAAAUGUAACUUUUGUGUGUGCUGGGACUUUUCUCCCGUUUAUGAGGAAUCAAUUAUGCCAUUUAUCUGUUUGUACUUUGAAGCAGUUACUUUUUUUAAAAAAAAUAUAUAUGAAUCUCUGACCGGGCUGGCAUUAAGGAAUAAACUAGAGGGUGUUUAUAAAAUCCCUUUGAAUCCUGGAACUCCCAUGCUCAUUUGCUUGUGAACCCUGUUUUUCCAAGAUUACCCAUUUUGUCAUGUCGUCAAGCACAUAAUAUUCUGUCUUCUCUUAUUUUAGACCAUAGUUUUAACCAGAAAUGUCCGGGUUUGGGGCACCUACAAAUGAGGCAUUAGGAUUACAGCUGUCAUCUGUUGCUUGCUUGAAGCAUUUUAUUAUGAUCGUGGGUAGUAAUCAUUGAUCGACUUGUCUCCUCCACCUUGAUCACUUGGAUACCUUUCGAGAGGUAUUGUAAAUACAUCUGUACCUGUAGCAGUUAAUACAAACAUAGUUCUUUUCUGCCUAACACAUAAUAAAAUAUGCCUGCAUUUCAAAUUCAAA